AUGGCUGAUCAACGUGGCAUUGCUUAUGAGGAUUUAGAGAUUCAGAUUGACGAUAAACCCAAUAAGGACGGCGUGAAUGUCCAGGAGACGCUUCGGAGGCUCCAUUUCCAGACAGAUCAGAGGUACCAUCAAGUCCCCACAGAGGAUCUCGAGGUGAGAAGAUUGCUGAGACUACUUCGGGAACCUGAGUCUACUGCGGGCGAGAAUGAGUAUGCUAGGAGAGGAAGAUUGAUUGAGCUCCUGGUGAGCAACAAGGCUCACAUGAAUACAUUUGAAGCUACGCUGUUGGAUAAGCAAUCUAUAGCAGAAGGAAGUGACACAUAUGAAGAUGAGGAAGAUGAGGAGUUCUACACGCCGGCUAGACAAGAGCUUAUUAAGGCUAGGAAGUUUCUGGUAGGGUUUUCUAUUCACAAUGCAAGGAAAAGGCUUAAGAGGGAGACUCAAGAUGCCAUUAGUUUUGAUAUGAAGAGGGAAAUCAAGGAAAGGCGAAACCUAGCGCAACGUUUGAAGAAUCUAGCCCUCGCUGGCUCGCAGGUCGCUUCAACGCGUCCUAUCUCCCAUGUCAGGCUCUCUCCCGAUGACUGUUAUGCUGCCAUUGGCAGUUGGGAUGGCAGUUUGAAAACCAUCUCAACCAAGAACCUGGAGGUCCUGAGCGUUGUAGAGCAAGCACACAACGGAAAGGUUGGAGAAGUUGACUGGAAUGCAACUGGCGACCUUCUGGCAACCGGAGGCGAAGAUGGUCAAGUAAAACUAUUCUCAGCCGCCGCAGGAGAGCUCCGACCAACGAUAGCUUUCGAGGGCCAUGAAAGACGAGUUGCUGGCACCAAGUUUCAUCCGAGCGGUAAAUAUGUUGCCAGCUGCUCUUUUGAUAAAACCUGGAGGCUUUGGGAUAUACAGACGCAGCAGGAACUUCUGCUGCAGGAAGGGCAUAGCAGGGAAGUGUAUUGUAUAGCUUUUCACUCUGACGGUGCUCUCCUAUGUAGUGGUGGGUUCGAUUGUACUCCGGUGGCGUGGGACAUUCGCUCCGGGAAGAGCGUUAUGUCGCUAGCAGGCCAUAUGAAACCAGUUUACAGCGUAGAUUGGUCCCCCAAUGGAUAUCAUCUAGCGACUGCUGGCGGUGACGGGACCGUCAAUGUCUGGGACGUGAGAAAAAGUACUCAGGCACAGACUAUAUUGGCUCACGAUAGCACUGUUUCCGUGGUGCGGUUCAACAAAUUGAAUGGUAAAUUUCUGAUGUCUGGAAGCUAUGAUAAGAAUAUCAAAGUUUAUAGCAGCGAUAAUUGGGUCAACGUGGCGGUACUAAAAGGGCACGUUGAUAAGAUUCUGACCUUGGACAUAGACUUGAAUGGUAACAUGGUUGUGAGUGGUGGUUGGGACAGAUCGGUUAAGCUAUGGACCCAGGAUUGA